GUAUAUUUUGGUAUAUUUCUAAGAGUCCGACCGUAUAUUUGAUCGAUAAGUUCACGGUAACACUGAUAAGAUUUGUGACAACGAAUCCAGCGGCCAAACUGACCAAUCAGUCAAACAAAAAACCACGGAACAUGGGCAAACACAGAACUGCGCAGCAAGAUGCCAUAUUCAUCGCAUUUAUGGAGAGACACCCAAUGAUAGCCAAAAACUACCUCAAGGGUGAUAAGCUGGCAGCUGAAGCCGCCUGGAAGCGGCUUUCAAAGGAGUUAAAUAGCGUGGGUCCGCCUGUCAAAGAAGUUUGUGAGUGGAAAAGAGUAUGGAAAGCCUGGAAAAGCUGCAUUCGUAAAAAGAUUAACAAUAACAGGCUGGAAGAUUCAAAUGCCUGCGGCAAAGGCUCGCUGUAUCAUUAUACACUCACUGCUCUAGAGGAUGCAGUGGCCGUGAUCUGUGACUUGUAUGAUAAGCACGACGAGGUCACAGCCACAGAUGACGAUGAUGAGGAAGAAGAUGACUGCUUCAGCCGGAUCAAUGACAGACAUAUCGACGUGAAAUUGGAGCGCACUAGCACUUCGCAAACUCCAUCUGCCAAAAAGCGCAAGCUGGUUCAAAAUGAUGUAAAUGAAUUAGAAAUUGAACACGAGAGCACGGUGCCGAUGCUAAUGGACAUUGCAAAGGAGCUGCAGGACAUGAAUAGACAAACUCGCUUGAACGCCCAGCGCACAGAAGCCAAUACGGACGCGCUUUUGGCUCUAGGCACACAGAUCUCAGACCUAAUGCAGCAACAGCUCAAGGAGCGCAAGCGUCUUAAUGCUGUAAUGGAGAAAUUUGUUAUGAAACGCCGAUUGGCCAAACGAUAAAAUAAACAAUUUGUUUCCUUUGGCAAAUAUUUUGAUACUCAACAGA